UGUGUGUUUUGUUUACUCCGUUUGCAGUAGUAAGUUUCCGUUUUGUUACGCUCUUUUGUGUGGAAGUACCAACCAUAAUGCGCUCAGUAUUAUGUGACUUAUCGCGAGAUUACAGUUAUGUCAACGUCGUACGUGGCUACAGACCCAAACAGUGUAAGAAGAGUCCGCCAGGAAUGCAUCAGCAAAAUGCGGAGUCUACCGGUCAGCACGUCAAAUACAGUCCCCGACGUUUGAAACUCUGAGUUUUGCACAUUAAGCUUGAGGUGAAGGGUUGAAGGUUAAACUAAUCCUGCGUUUGAAUCAUUUAUUUGACCCGUUAGCGUCAGUAGCUACAUUUGCACUGUGCCAUUCCGUCUAUAGGAAGGCAGCAUGGCAAAUAUCGAGAACUCCUUUGAAUUUUGCUCAUCUUUGACCUGCACUUCGCUGCCUCCCCCACGCACCCGAAUCUUUAAAAUCAUCGUGAUCGGAGACUCUGGAGUUGGCAAGACUUGCCUCACCUAUAGAUUCUGUGCGGGCAAGUUUCCAGACAAGACUGAGGCCACUAUCGGGGUGGAUUUUCGGGAGAAGGUUAUUGAAAUAGACGGAGAGAAAAUCAAGGUCCAGUUGUGGGACACCGCAGGCCAGGAGCGCUUCCGAAAGAGUAUGGUGCAGCACUACUACCGCAAUGUCCACGCUGUGGUGUUUGUCUACGAUGUCACCAAUGCCGCUAGUUUCCGAAGCCUUCCGGCGUGGAUCGAGGAGUGCCGUCAGCAUGCCCUGGGUCAAGAGGUGCCCAGAAUCUUGGUUGGCAACAAAUGCGACCUGCGCCACGCUGCUCAAGUAAGCACAGACGUAGCGCAGCAGUUCGCCGAUGCACACUCAAUGCCUCUGUUCGAGACCUCUGCCAAGAACCCCUAUGGAAACGACGACGGUGGUCGGAAUAAUAGUGACCACGUGGAAGCCAUUUUUAUGACGGUAGCGCACAAGCUGAAAUCUCAGAAGCCGCUGGUGUUAAGUCAACUACCGUGCAGAUCAGGAGAUACUGUCACUCUCAGGAGGCAGGACGAGGAGGACAGGGGAACAUGGGGCUGCGGUUGUUGAAGGAGCUAAUGAAGGAGUCACCACUUUACAGGAUGGAGGUGACAAAGGUGAAGCACCUUUUAAAGAAGCAGAUUCAGAGGUGCUUUUGUGUCAUCUGUGAAGGUCCAGGUCAAGGGUUUAGGACACAGGAGCAUCUAUUCUCAAGAUUUCUUUUUGUAUGUGAUGUGCAGAAUCUGGCCAUUAUUUUAAAGGGAAAAAACAUUCGUCCAUCACUCAAACCAGAGACUUUGAGAAGUUGCAUGUAGGCCCAUCUGCCUUACAUAUACAGUACAAGCUUCAUCCGUUGUGUCAGUCUGUCUAGUUCAUAUCAUAUGCCACUGCCAAACACUCACUACAUUUGCCUACUAGUUUUAGCCAGUUAUGCAGUUCUGUAGGUGAAUUGAACGAUGAAAUCAUCGUACGCAACGUUGCUUUUUUCAUCAUAUUUUAGAAACAAUAUUUUGCCACAAUUAGAUAAACUGUUCUGUUAAAUCACUUCAGCCUCCCAGGUGAAUCUGGUUUAGUGUGCGUGUUUGUUCUCAUUCUAUCUCACCCACAGACACUAAAUGCAGGUUAUUUAUUAGUGCUGCUAAUAGGUUUUAGACAAAAUGAGGGAUGAAUUUAAAAGAAAAAAAGCUGAUAUCCUUGCCUUUCUGAAAAAGUUAGUCUUAGUC